GGCUCCGCUCUCCCCAGCCAACCCAGGUGGCUGCCUCUGCCUCGAACGUCUCCCAGUGACGUAGAACCCUGCAGGCCCAGAGGCCCCUCCACACUUCCUGUGUGGGGUUCAGAAACCCGCCUCCCCUCCCAGCCUUAAGUGCCUGUUUCAGAAAAUGAAGCUAUAAGCCAACCGGCCUCCGCCAUCUUAGGUAGCGUACGUGUCCGGUGAGGGAAAGAUGCCGUCGGGGAAUCUCUGGAGAGUUCUGGGACUCUGCCUCUUAUCAGUUGGCACUUGGGGGCAAGAAGACUCUGAAGAAACUGCUACAGAUGCACUGAAAACAUAUAAAGUCUCCAUCUCUGGAAACAGAGUAGAGCUGACAUGCCCUGAGGAUUUUGAACCAUUAACUUGGGAAAAAAAUAAUCAAAAAAUAGCUGAAACUUAUGAGAAGCACCUGUUACUGGAUAAUUUUUCAGAAAUGGAGAACAGUGGUUAUUAUACCUGCUCCACAAAGGAGAAGAAGAGUCAUAGGAUCUACCUGAAAGCAAGAGUGUGUGAGAACUGUGUGGAGGUGGAUGUCACGGCAGUGGCCACAAUCAUCAUAGUCGACAUCUGCGUCACUCUGGGCUUGCUGCUGCUGGUGUAUUACUGGAGCAAGAGAAGAAAGGUCAAGGCCAAGCCUGUGACAAGAGGAGCAGGUGCUGGCGGCAGGCCCAGGGGACAAAACAGGGAGAGGCCACCACCUGUUCCCAAUCCAGACUAUGAGCCCAUCCGGAAAGGCCAGCGGGACCUAUAUUCUGGCCUGAAUCAGAGAGGCAUCUGACAGUUCCCUGAAGACACUGUCUCCCAGUGACACAGGUCUGGCUCCCUCCAGGCUUGCUACUCCCUGCUCCCUGGACAAAUCUUGGACCCCACAGGAGGAUUGUUCCUCUGCCUUGUGGCGAACUCACACCCUGCAGCCUUGCCCCCAGCUGCCUCCUUCCUGCCUUCCCUGCUGGCACCCAGUCUAAGCAUGUUGCUGCUUCAUUAUCCUUUGAAGCAUCAUCGAUGCUCACCCCUCACGCCUGGGCUGCUGUCGUGUCAGGAUAUUUAUUUCUGUUCUUCACCACCACCACCCCAAAUUCCUUCCUUCCCCAGUGGAUGUUACUUCUCCCAUCAGUUCCCUCCUUUUCCUGUGUAGAAGUUACCCCAUCCUAACUGUUCCAUCAACCCUUCUAUGUUUCUAGCUCUCUCCUAGGUGACCCUCUGUGGGGAUGGACUGGGUAAAUAUUGGCACAUGUCUUGCCCUGUUCACAGACCCUGACCCAGAGCUAGCCCUGUGCUCCCUCCCUCCUGGUCUCCACUGCAGGCUCCUAGAUGGCCAUUUGCAUCUCCUCGAAUGUGCUAACCUCCUUCUCAGCUGAGAGAGGAAAGAAAUAAAGUGUAUUUGGCUAAAAGA